CUUCUUCUCUCUUUCCCACAACAACAAUGAGCUGUUAGUUCCAGUGCAAGUCAACAGCUCAAGCAGGGGUCCAGCUAACAGGUAAGCCGCUUCUAUAAACCACAUCCUUACUUUACUUGUAUGAGGAAGAAAUAUAGCAUGUAUUACAUGAUGCUAGCCUUUUGGCUACCAGACGAUUACUACACCAAGAUCUCUGACAAGAACAAACCCAAUUCAAAAUCCAUGAUACUAUUCAUUAGAGCUUAUGCUAACUACUGUAUCUUCAGAUUACUUGAUCUCGAGUUAAAUAUGUCUAGCAAGACCGCUGGUAGCAGCUUCAACCUGCUUUACUUCGCCUCGGCGAGUUCGUUUACAGGCAAGGACUCGGAUGAAUUUGAGGCUCCAGUCUCCCUGUCGAAGCUCUUCGAUCUUGUGGAAGCCAAGUAUCCAGGCAUCAAGUCUAAGAUAUUGGACAGCUGUCUCGUCACCAUCAAUCUAGAAUACGUGGAUGUACCGAAGAGUGGGACCGGGGAGGAAGACGUCACAAUCAAAGCAGGCGAUGAAGUCGCAAUUAUACCCCCAGUGAGCUCCGGCUGAGCUUUUCCAAAUAUUAGCUACUGUAUAGCAUUUUGAAACUUCAUUUAAAUGCCC